UUCUGAAAGUGUAUUUCCAGGGACACAUACUUCAUUUGAUAAAAACUUCAAUGAGGACGGUUCAAGGUCACCCCUGGAGGAAAAGGAAAUGGGGCGGAAAAAAGGUCAAGGGAGGAUUGGUGUGAAAAGGUGGGGGGACAUCUGAUGAACCAGGGGGAACAGAGGGAAUACAACAUGGGCCACCCUGCUUCCUUUUUUGGGGUCUGAGCAGGACAGAAUCUGGCUCUUAGAAAAGACUAAGGGUGAAAAAGAUGAACACAGAGAAAAAAAUGAAAUCCAGCCACCCAAAGAUGCCAGCGAGAGACUAGAAGUAGAAGGGGGUGCUUAGAGGUUGUCUACUGGGGAGAAUGCAGACGGGCGCAGCCUGCAGGCUGGGACCAGGCAGCACAGGGCACGAGGGUCCGGGAAUGCCAAGAAGCGCGGGGUGGAGCCCAAGGGAGUGGGGUGCAGGGGCGCGGAGGGGCGGUGCAGCAGCUGGCGGGGCGGCCCCGGUGGCCGUCGCUCACUUCCGGGAGAGCCGGGCGCCCUGGCCACCGCCCGCUUGCAGUUGCCAGCGGGCCAGGGCCUCAGAGCCUUUGAGCGCCCAGGCCAGGCCGCAGUUCAGCGUCUGCGCAGCUCCGGCCACCGCUUGCCACCAUGGGGGCAUCGGGGCGGCUGCUGCGCGCGGUGAUCAUGGGGGCCCCAGGCUCCGGCAAGGGCACCGUGUCGUCACGCAUCACCAAACACUUCGAGCUGAAGCACCUCUCCAGCGGGGACCUGCUCCGCCAGAACAUGCUGCAGGGCACAGAAAUCGGUGUGUUGGCCAAGACUUUCAUUGACCAAGGAAAGCUCAUCCCGGAUGAUGUCAUGACUCGGCUGGCCCUCCAUGAGCUGAAAAACCUUACCCAGUGUAGCUGGCUGUUGGACGGAUUUCCAAGGACACUUCCACAGGCAGAAGCCCUGGAUAGAGUUUAUCAGAUAGACACAGUGAUAAAUCUCAACGUGCCCUUUGAGGUCAUUAAGCAGCGCCUUACUGCUCGCUGGAUUCAUCCUGCCAGUGGCCGAGUUUACAACAUUGAAUUCAACCCUCCCAAGACUGUGGGCAUCGAUGACCUAACGGGAGAACCUCUGAUUCAGCGCGAGGACGACAAACCAGAGACGGUGAUCAAGAGACUGAAGGCGUAUGAAGCCCAGACGGAGCCGGUCCUGCAGUAUUACCAGAAAAAAGGCGUGUUGGAAACAUUCUCCGGAACAGAAACCAACAAGAUCUGGCCCCACGUAUACUCCUUCCUGCAAAUGAAAGUUCCAGAAACCAUCCAAAAAGCCUCUGUUACUCCCUGAGGAGGGCACUUGGCGGGAUGAAGCAGGGCCUCCUCCUCUCCUCUCCUCGCCUCUGUAUUUUGAAGCUCUUUUCCUAAGACUUCUCUGAAAAUUAUGAUUUAGUCCUAAUGGCUCUGCCUAAUGAGUCAGAUACUAAGGCUGACCGUGUGUUUAUCUAGUUGUCUUCCACGGAUGUGCAAUUCAAAACGUCAGACAUGUUGAAACAAACAAACUCAGAGCACAAUUAAGAGAGCAACUGGUAAUCAUCUAACCUUUGUUCAGUUAGUCAAAGUGGUUGAUCACAUUUUCAUGUUUUUCUGGAAAAGCUCAAGAAAAAAUUACAUGUCACUCGAGGCAGCUAAAUAUCUCAUUGGAGGCUUUUGCAUAAGGCAAUGCCCACUGCAAUCGAGAAAGAUGCUUUCUAGCCUGGGGAUGUGGUAUUGGGAGAUGCUGUCUAUAGAGUCCAGAAAGAAAGCUACGAGCGUUACAGAUGCCGCUAGCCGCACACUCACUGCUGCCUUACAGCAAGAGCCAGGGCACAGGGGCCAGGCUGUGCGCCCUCUACUUACCCAGUCUGCUAUGAAAACGCAGCUACUGGCACUUAGGAACACAUGACUUGGAUCUGGAUCGUCCUCUUUUUCAAACAUACGUGGACUGAGAUAUAUGGUUGUGUUCACUGACUUAGGUACUAGGAGCAGCACUGGCAACUGACAAUGGAAUGAAGUCCUAAGUUCUCACAGGCCACUCAGGUGGAGGACCAUGUUUUAGGACCUACCACUCAGUUUCCCACUCUGAUCCAAAUGGACUGCCUGCCUUGAUGAGCAAGACAGUAAACAGAAAACUAAGGGGUAAGACACAAUACCCAUGGCAGUUUGCCACUGAGGAAGUAGAUGGGGCACGGGGACAGCCCCUUGACAGAAAGACCAAUCGACAGGUGUAGUAACAGAAGGAUUUUGCACAGUGGGUUCAAAAGCACUGUAAAGGAGCUCCCUUAAGGACAUUUUAUACCUGGGUUGAAGUUCUAAAUUCAAGAUCCUCUUGUCUUGGCCUCUCUCAGGUGCUGGGAUCACUGUGCUACAGCUUCCCACCCUACCUUAAAGGGAAACAACUCCUCAGGUUCCGUCUAAGCAGCCUCCCCUUCUACCUACAGUGCUGGGAUCCAGUCCAGCCUGUGCACCGGGCAAACAUCCUACUCUGUCCUUGCUCUCCAGCCCUUUUUGUCGAUGCUGUUGGUGGUGGUGACGACUCAGUUUUGUUUUGACAGUUUGGUUUUAGUUCUCCUGAACUAUGUAGACAGGCUGGCGUCAAACUCAGAGAUCACCUGUCUCUGCUUCCCAAGUACUGAGGUGAAAGGUGUGUGCACCAGCAGGACACCCAGCCCAAGUCCUUAGUUUUUGAAGCGGGUCUUACUAUGUAGCCCAGGCUGGUUUGAGACUAUUAUAGUCCAAACUGGCCUCACAUUCAUCAUUCAUGGUCCUCUUGUUUUAGUCUCCUGAGUGCUUAAAUUACAGGUGUGUACCACUAAAUCAACUCUGAGAACCUAUUUUAAAAUGUCAGUCACUUUAGUUUCCUUAGUGGGACAAGGACCUGCCCUUACAUAUUGUGGCCUGAAGGGACAAAAUAUGAGAAGUUUAAUAAAAGGACAAUUCUACUGUUUAUUUUCCUUGGUGCUAAAUUAAAGAAUCAAGCCCUUGUUCGAGCCUUUGAAAUUUUGGCCUACUUUAUUUCAGACGCUCGAAAUACAAAUGCCAGCAAAUGGUUCUGAUAUAUUUGAGAGUGGGAAGGAAUCUCUGAUGUUUAAAUUUCACUGUUGAUCUUUCAAAAUGGACUAGGCUUAGGAUUACAAUGAACAUUUUGUCCUUUGUCAGUGUUUCUCUACUGCCUUAUCUGGAUGUUGAUAACCACUUUCUAAACGCUGCUGUCAAGUACCUAAGCCUGGAACUAUCCACAGGUUGCAGCAGUACUGUGGCUGUUGCCCUUUGCCCCCGGCCCUUUACAGGGCCCUAAACCCCCUUCCUGUCUGCUGCCACAAUGUCUCACUGGUUUCUUUCUAAUAAAUGGUCUUCAAACAUUA